CUUCCGUCGACGCCUAGCUGCUGGGGCCAGUCAGCUUCAUGGCGGCCACGGGCGAGGCGAGCGCUGGGGUGGGAGCGGGACAGGGCCGCAGGAGAGCCUACGUGAAGGCUAAUCGUAACAGCUGCUAAGGACGACAAAGACAAACUGUAGACAAUCAAAUAUAUUGUACUGGUCAAGUAAAAUGGAUCCAUGUUCAGUAGGAAAUCAGCUGCAAGCUAGCAGUGAUUGCCAUAAAACAUACUUUACCUGUCACACUGGAUUCAAGACUAAGCAAGAACUAUCAUCAACUGAUCUGUUACUCCUUCAGCUUAGGACUGGGAUAACUCUUUCAGAGAACGAUACAAUCUGCUUCCAUCAUGCUAAAGUUUACCUUGAUAGGUAUGAAGACUUGCAAAAGUCAUGCUGUGAUCCUUUUAGUAUGCACAAAAAGCUUUCAAGGAAAAACUUGCAUGUAAUUGACAUAGACGAUUCAACUUUUCUAAGUGCCAAGUUUGGACGGCAGUUUAUACCUGGCUGGAAACUUUGUCAAAAAUGUACACAGAUAAUAAAUGGAAGUGCAGAGGUUGCUUCUGAAGACCGUCAGCGAAGGAGACUUGAUUCAGACGGACGUACAACUAAGGCCUUGAAGUCCUUACAGUUUGCUAAUCCAGGACGACAUUCUGAAUUUGCUCCAGAAGCAAACAAAAGGGAAAAAAGAAGGCUGCAGACAAAAAGCACAUCCAAUAAUUCAGACAGGCAACUCAUACCAGCAAAAAGCAAAGUAUACGAUAGCCAAGGACUUCUGCUUUAUAGUGGGAUAGACCUCUGUGACUGUCUUGAUGAAGAUUGCCUAGGAUGUUUCUAUGCUUGUCCCAAGUGUGACUCUAGCAAGUGUGGACCUGAAUGCCGCUGUGAUCGCAAGUGGCUGUAUGAGCAAAUUGAGAUAGAAGGAGGAGAAAUUAUAAGGAAUAAGCAAGUGGUAUAGCUUACACGUUGAAUUCAAGUAAUGAGGGUACAUUGCAAAGGUUUUCACUUACAAAAAUGCAUAAACUUUGUUCAGAUUUCCAGUUAGUGUUUGAAGUGGUAUAUGAAAGUUGUGGCUCAGAGUUAAUUUCCCCUUUUUGGCACCCUUACAAAAAAGAAAAUCUAGAACCUUAUUAAUGGGCAAGUGGAUUAAUCGGGACAGUAUUAUGCAUUUUGCACCAUGUACUUUGUAGAAAAGAUGCAUUUCCCAAGUGUUUCCCCUCUUUUCACCUUGGGGGGGGGUUUGCCCAUUUCAGAAAUGUGACCCCGAUUUCAUCACUUUCAUUGCUAGAAACCAUGAGCAGCAUUAGCACAUAGUAGAUUUGUGAUUUGAUAAUGAUGUUGCAUGGUGGGUAGAAGAUAUUAACAACAGAUAAAAGGCUCUUUGAGAAGAUGGUACCACUUCAAAGAAAAGUAUUGAACCGCUUUGAAAUAUUUCCGUGUUUUUGUUUUAAAUCUAAAUACAAAUCUAUCUUGUGUUUUCAACAGUAUUUCACUGAUGAGGAGAAAAUAAUAAACCAAAGAUGUAAUCUCAGGUAGCAUUUCCAUUAUGGGUUUGUUAUUUGAGAACUAUAUAUUUGAGUCUCUAGGCAGUCGGACAGAGAAUUUCUAGGAAGAAUGACAACACAGUCCCAUUUAGCCUUUAAGAAUAUGUGCAGGUUAAUUGUUUGAAUUUGGACAUUAGGAGCACAAAUGGGGAACCAGGAGUAAUGUAUUUUAUAUUGCAAUCACCAAUGCUCUGCAUAAGGAUAUGUACAGAAUUUAUUUUCAGUAGCAGUUAAAAGGCUGCAUUUUCUUGCAGGGCCGUUUUCAUAGUUUUGACCCCAUAUGCAAUAAAGAAUUGUAUCUCUGUAAAUUAAACUUGCCUUUGAGGAUAUAUGACUUUCCAUUUGAAAUGAUGGUUAGGUGGUAAAAUGUGUAAGACCCAAAAAGUUCCUGUUAAGUAUUAUGCUAGGAGUUUUGUUUGACUCCACCUAUGUUCAGGAAUUUAUCCUGUUACCUGUACUGCCCUAGGAAGGCAAAUUGUGUCAUGCAAAGUAAGAAACCUGCAUAGGAGCUGGUGGAUGUUUGUCCCUAAAUUCAGGAGGAGAUGGGAUUGAAUCCAUAGCCCUGAACCUGGAGUUCCAUGACUGCUCUGGUGGGCCCAUGUGGAGCUACUCCCUUCUUUGACAUAGAAAUGUUUAUUGAGGAGCCAUGAGGUCUGAGGAGCCAUGAGGUCUGAGUAUAUCCAAGGAGCCUCUGGAUUAAGUCAUUUGUGUCUUUACAGUAUUUGUAUGCGUGCAUUUAUUUAUAUAUGUAUAGAAGCCAUUUCAUUAUCAAUUACGAUUGCAUAUUUUUACAAUUUGCAAAUGUUUGUACUUUAAAAGACUUAAGAUUACACCUUUGCUAGGGUUGCAUUAUAUCUGACUAAAUUGGGCAUUAGCAAAUCAUCUUGUAAAGAGAAAUUCACAGUAGGAAUGUUUAUUAAAUUUAAAAUUGCUUCA